AUGCUACCGGUCUCGCGACCCGAGAGCCAGAUGAGUUUCAACUACAUCCCGUCCUCGCAGCCCAUGUCGGGGACAUCGACAGGGCGCAGCUCCCCCAGUAGCUUCCCCGACAUCCCCAGUCGUGGCCGCUCCUUGGCUCACGCUUUGUUCUAUUAUCCUGCAGAGCCCGUGAAAUUCAAGCCCAAGAAGGUGUUGCUCCCAGCAUCUGGGGCCCCCCUACCAGCGGCCAUUCAACCCCCCCUCCGUGAGAAUAUCCCCGAGUCGCCCAGCCAGGAUAGCUUCCCCGACCUGCUCCCUAGUACUAGUGGAUCGAUUGGUAAUUCUGGUCGUCGAGCUCGAGCUGGCACGGUGCCGUCUCGAUUUCCUCCAAUGGGCACGCUCAGCGAAGUCGACCUUAAUCAGCCGUUCAUGUCGCAAACAUCUCGACCCACGCCAUCUACCAGCCCUUUUCGACCUCCGGGGGGUAUCAGGAAUGGACUCGAGUGCCGGUAUCACGAGCUCAGCUGGUGCGCCAAAUCCGGCUAUGCUAUCGCGCCUUCGAGCUGGCUCGAUGCCCCAAAGGAGCAGUCUCCUGGGAACUGGCAGUCCUUUCGGCCCAUCGCUGUUUUCCACCAAUUGGUCGACGGGACCCAAUCCUCAUUUUCAAGGGAUGGCCUUACGGACUCCGAUGUCAAGACGUUGGACUAUUUGGGCCUUGCCGAAACUCCUCAACAGGCACGGGCUAAUCUUGCACGCCCUUCGAUGGAGGCUCUGAUGCAGCAGCAACAGCAACAGCAGCAAGCUUCUGCACUGCCGCCCCUCCUGGCCGAGCUAGCGAUGAUGAAGAACAAUAACAGAUUUCGGUCAUACUCUGUGAACGCCAAAGAGAAGUAUGCCGAUGAUGAAGAUCUCGAGUACGAGAGCCGCUACUCUCAAGCACCCUCCGGCAACAUGACUCCCUCCGCGGCAGCGACAGCCGCUCAACUCGCCGCCACCCAGGCCCAGAUUCAUCAACACAAUCUUGCCGUCCAGGCUUUUGCCAGCCAUGCAUCUGUCAGUCGGCCCCGAGCCCGGACUGCCGGUAUCCUGGAGGCUCCCCCCAGCGGUCAUCGAUUCGCAACUAUCUCGCGACUCCUUCCCAAUGGCGAAUAUGACGAGCUUUCAGAAGCAGUACAAUUGAUGCAACUUGGCGGAGGCGCUGCCGGUGUUCGGGCAGCUGGUGAGAUAGGCGAUGAGAACAAUCAGGACGGCCCCACUCGAGCUCUGUGGAUUGGGAGCAUUCCCGUUUCAACAACCGUCACUUCUCUGGAGGCCAUCUUUGGAAUGUAUGGCAAGAUUGAGUCCACUCGUGUUCUCACCCACAAGAAUUGCGGGUUCGUCAACUUCGAGCGCAUUGAAAGUGCAGUGCAGGCGAAGUCGCUCUUGAAUGGAAAGGAGAUUUUUCCGGGCGCAGGACCUGUCAGAAUCGGAUACGCCAAGGUUCCCGGCACUUCUGCGACAGGCACUCCUGGCGCCAAUGGCAUCCAGUCCUCUCCGACCCCCGAUCCCAACUUCAAGUCCAACCUUGCAUCGGCCGACGCUGCAGACCUGGCCGAGAAUUUCGGUACAGUGCCUCAGAUUCCUGAUCUGGCCGACCUUCUGCCCGAGAUGGUCCAAAUUGUGCAAGAAUUUGGCGCAAGCGAGGAAGAUUCGCGGAACAUUACGGCAGGCAUCCAGGGUGCCGUCGAAUUUCAAGCCUUCGAGGAUGAAAUCCCUCCCAUUUCCGAACCCAGCCAGACCCGAAUGUUUGACGCGCCUCGUCUUCGCGACAUCCGCAAGCGAAUUGACAACGGUGCAUGCUCGAUUCAAGAAAUCGAGGAAACUGCUGAAGCGAUGCUCCCCGAAAUUGCGGAACUUUCUUCGGAUUACCUGGGCAACACCGUGGUCCAGAAGCUGUUCGAGUUCUGCUCCGAGCCCACUAAAGAGCAAAUGCUCUCUCACAUUGCGCCUCACCUUGCCGAGAUUGGUGUUCACAAGAAUGGUACUUGGGCUGCGCAGAAGAUCAUUGACGUUGCCAAGACCCCGGCCCAGAUGGAGAUGAUUGUCGACGCCCUACGACCUUACACUGUCCCGCUCUUCCUGGACCAGUACGGCAACUAUGUGUUGCAGUGCUGCCUGCGGUUUGGUAGUACGCACAAUACCUUCAUCUUCGAGACCAUGCUGAGUCGCAUGUGGGAGGUUUCCCAGGGGCGAUUUGGCGCGCGAGCAAUGCGGGCUUGCUUGGAGAGUCACCAUGCCUCGAAAGAUCAGCAGCGGAUGCUGGCGGCUGCCAUCGCUCUGCACAGCGUACAGUUGGCUACCAACGCCAAUGGAGCUUUGUUGUUGACCUGGUUCCUCGACACUUGCACAUUCCCCCGCCGCCGAACUGUCCUCGCCCCGAGACUUGUCCCCCAUAUUGUGCAUCUUUGCACUCACAAGGUCGCUUAUCUUACCGUUCUCAAGGUGAUCAACCAGCGCAACGAGGCCGAGGCUCGAGACAUUGUCCUCAAAUCCCUCUUCUUCAGCCCUGGAGAUGAAGUGUUAGAAAAGAUAUUGAGCGAUCAAACUUCCGGAGCGACACUCAUAUUCAAGGUCCUCACUACCCCGUUCUUUGACGAGUCCAUGCGUUCGGACGUUGUGAAGAACGUGUCUAAGGUGCUCACCAAGCUCAAAGCCUCGCCGAGCCAGGGGUAUAAGCGCCUUAUGGAUGAAGUUGGCUUGUCCUCGCGCGGGGGUCGGGAUCACCAUCAUGGACGCGAGCACGGGUCGGGUCACUCUUCCACCCCGGAGAAAUCGCAGCACCGUCAAUCCUCGCGGCAUGGAGCUUCGAACUACCCCUCGCAACCGUCUCUGGAAAGGCAGUACAGCGGGCAAUUUGGCCCCGGUAUGCUGGGACAGACCGCGGAUAGCCCCCACCCUAUCUCUACCGAUCAGGCCAACAUCCCACCCCUUGAUCCCUACUCGAGCGGUGGUAUCAACGGACUUGGGAACCCUUUGAGUGGACUGGGUGGUGUGCAUGGUGGGGGUUAUGGCCAGGACACCGUUCCUCUUACCCAACAACAGCUGCAAUACCAAGCCUAUCUCGCCGCCCAAGCCCGGGGUGUCUCUCCUGGCGGUAUCUAUCCUGGCAUGCCGGGUGCUAGCUUUGGCUACCCCGGCGGAUCGUCAUCAGUGGAAAAUUUGCGUGGCUUACAAACCCAGCAGGCUUCUCCACUGUCGGCAGGGCCCGGUCAAAUGAGUUCGAACCCGCUGCUCGGACAGUCCAGCUAUGCUCCGCAGCAGUUUAGCCCCGUUGUCAACCCUGGGCAGAUGUACCAGUAUCCUCCGCAGUUCUAUGCCCAGGCACAACCCGUGCAAGGGCAACCUAGCGGAGGCCGACGUGGACGGCGUUGA